CCUCCCGGCUCUCCUGGGGGCGCUGCAGCGACUCAACUCGACGUUAUUGUUGCUUUGACCCAUCCGCCGAAGAAGACGACGACGGAGAGACAAGAGGAAGAAAAUGACAGGGCGCGCAAAAAGAAAAACCAAAUCAAAUCAGGAGUCCCGCUCAGCCAAUGGACAGGUGAAGAAAGCCCGAGCUGAUGAAUCCAAAGCUCUGCCUCCGUCCGGAGUGGACCCAGAGCAGCGUGAUGAGUUGGCUCGGCUGUACGGUUUUCAAAUGCCAGAAGAUCUCUUCCACUUCUGGGACCUCUGCAAGGAGCUCAGUCCUGACAACCCCCGUGGUGCCCUGAAAGAAACUCUGGGUCUGCAGCUGGUCGGCCCUUUCGACAUUCUGGCAGGAGCUCACAGAGGCGCCAAGAACCCCCAGCCCAACCUUCACCUGCAUUGGAGGUACUUCUACGACCCCCCAGAGUUUCAGACUGUGCUCAAAGGGAGUGAGGACAGCCAGCACCACAUGGGCUACUACAGAGAUACCCCAGACUCCUUUCCUUCGUUUGUUGGGGAAAAUCAAGCAAAGAAGGGCUGCAGCAUAACACAGAUGGGAGAUAACAUCUUUGCAGCUGUUCACCUGUAUUUGCUGAGGAAGAAGAAAGAGAGGAGUAGUAAGAGAGCCGAGGAAGAGGCUUUGGAAAGCUUGGAGUCGAAGCUGAGGGACAAGGCAGAGACCUUAGGCUUUUCUUUAGAGCAGAAGACCAAAGGCAUGAAGGAGCGGGACAGAAAGGUGGUUACCAAGACCUUCCACGGUGCCGGUAUCGUUGUGCCCGUCGACAAGAAUGAUGUGGGGUACCGAGAACUACCAGAAACAGAUGCUGGUCUCAAGAAAAUCUGUAAAGCCAUUGCUGAAGCUCGAACCGACGAGGAACGCGUCAAAGCCUUUGGACCAAUCCAGGAGAUGAUCACGUUUGUUCAGUUCGCUAACGACGAGUGCGACUACGGAAUGGGCUACGAACUUGGAAUAGACCUUUUCUGUUAUGGAUCUCAUUACUUUCACAAGGUUGUCAAGCAACUUCUACCGAUGGCCUACAGCUUGCUGAAAAGGAAUUUGUUUGGGGAAAUCUUGGAGAGCCACCUCACCAGUCGCAGCCAUGAUAACUUGGACCAACUCUCUGCACACUAAAAGAAAAAGACUCAGCAGUCCCUUAGAAGUUCUCAUUCUGGUUCUCAUAAGCUUUCCCACCAUGUGUCUGUGAUUACUGGUGUUUGUCAUGGUUAAUGCUUUCUAGUGGUUCCUUCGCUGUUGUUUAUGGAAUCCGCUCUGCGGUGUAUUGUUUGUCAGAGUUACAUGUGUAAUAAAGCCUUUUUUAUAUUUUUA